AUGUAAAAAAUUGUUUUAACAUCGGUUUCUCAGAAACCGAUUUCUAUUUAUAUAAUUAACAUCAGUUUUUACUGUUGACUGAUGUGUAAAAUUUGGUUCAAAAUUUUUAAAACACGCGGAAAGCCAAAGUUAAAGGUUUUCGUGCAAGCGGGAACAAAAUUAGACUUGGUCAGUUUCCUCACUCAGUAGCGAACCAUUUGCCCUGCUCUUCCCCGAAACUCUAUGUCUCUAUCCCUCUCCUCCUCCUCUCUCUCUCUCUCUCUCUCUCUCUCUAUGUCCUGAUCGAAACAAAACACAAAACUCUAGAAAACGAUUCUCUCUCUCACUCAGUAGCGACCCAUCCUAAUCGACCCAAACCACAAAACCCUAGAAACCAAUAGAUUUCUUUGUCGUCAGCUCGGAGGUGGACUGGACGGAGCUGUGUGGCCAUGCUUCUAGUCGUGGCCAAAGGACGAGCAGCCUAGCGUUGACUUGUCGGAGGAAGGCAAAGAAGAUGGUGGCUCCGGUGAGUCUACCCUGAUGGUUGGAGAUCGAUGACAAAAGAAACAGAGUCCUCCAGAUCCACUUUCUCUCUCCUCCUCUUUCUCUUCUGUGCUUUUCUCUGGUCUAGUACUGUGGUCCUCUUCGGAGCUCUAGCUGUAAUUGAGUACCAGUGCAAGAGAGUCUGCUCAAGAAGUUGGGAAAAGCAUGUGUGGUGGUACUGCAGACUUCGGUGAUCCUGUAACUUUCAGAUUUGGAGAAGGAAAACUAAUGCUAGGGUGGACCAGCAGAGGCCAAUAGUUGAAAGUAGCGUGGACAGAAAACACGAGUUCUAUUCAUCUAAGCAAAAUGAUGAUUUUGCAGCUUUGGAACAGUGGUCUUCCUUCAGGGUUGGCUUGCCUUCAAAGAAACUUUCCUUGCAAUCGUGGCCCUGGAAUCUAUUAUAAUUUUGGGAUUAAUUGUGGAGGACCUGAGAUUACGUCUUCGUCCGAUGGGAUUGUGUAUGAGAAGGAAAAUGAGCCCUUUGGACCAGCUUCAUGUUUUGUGACUGGCACAACCAGAUGGGGAGUUAGCAAUGUCGGAUAUUUCGCUGGCAGAACCAAUGCUCCGUAUACAAGUUUCUCCUUAUCUCAAUUCACAAAUACUUUUGAUUCUGUGCUAUUCCAGACUGCAAGGCUCUCUGCUUCAUCAAUUAGAUACUUUGGCUUGGGGCUUGAGAAUGGUAACUACACCGUGAACCUCAAGUUUGCAGAACAUGUCAUUCUGGCUGCUACUACCGAGAGAUUUCUUGGGAGACGUCUUUUUGAUAUUUAUAUCCAGGUCUGUAUCAUCUUAAACUUUUCUUUCAUAUAUAAAACCAUGUUAUGAGCUCUUAUGAUAACUUUUCCUUAUUGAAUUAGUGAAGUUGACUUGGGGUUCUCUUGGUAUAUUAAAUUGUUGAAUUGAAUAAAUUAGACCAAGUGUCUAUAACAAAUCAAUUAUAUCUAUCAUUUUAAAAUCUGAUGGAUAUAUGGAGUUGAUCCAAAGGUAAUCAGCAUGCAAUUACUCAAGCUCUUACUUGAUAUGGUCUUCACUCCCCAUCUAUUGCCAAUAAUCACCACGUAUGUCUUCUUUAGCCCUGAAGUUUAGCCCACGUAUGUCUCUUACUUGAUAGGGUCUACCACUGAAAUAAAUAUAUAGCUGUCCAUUUUGGAUCAUGUAAAACAAUGUCUACCGUACAUCUAUAAAGUAUUUAUAUAAUGUGUGUAAUGUUUAUAAACGCAAUACUAUCAAAUUGAAUAAUGUCGAUAAUAUACCCGCAGCAGCGCGCGGGCAAUAUAUUUUGCUAGUAUAUAUAUAAAGCUAGGGUUUGGUUUUAUAUGAUCCAUAUCAGACUUAUGUUUUUAAGUAAUUUAAUUUAGUUCCGUUACUAAGGUGAGUGAUAGCCAGCUAGCUACUGCCAAGCAUCCCUUAAGUGUGCCAUUGAAUUUAUAAGUUUGGCCAAGUGGUUGGCUUAAUUGCUUCAUUGAGUGUUUGAUCAAGUUAUUCAAGUACCACAGGUUAAUUGCUUCAACGAGAUAUGAAGCUACCCAUGCAUUUUCUAUCUGAGACUUCAGAACCAAACCAUAAAGAAAUUAGGGACCACAAA